AUGUUGGCCGCCGUCACUAAAAGCUUCGUGCGAGUCACGAGCGCUGCUACGUCGCGUCAUGCCCCAUUUUUGAACGCGCAAGUUUAUUUCUCAACUGACAACGUGACACCCGAGAUUGAGAAGCCGAAGCGUACGAAGCUCAAGAUUCCGACCAAACGUGCAGCGUCACUUCUGCAGCAAUUGGAGGUGGAGGCCGUUAUGAAAGCCUCAGAUGGAAAGGAUAUUGAUAAUUUUAAGCCUGGUGACUCAGUUGAGGUGCAGUAUUUACUGAGUCGCACUGGUGGUCGAGUUCAACGUGUCAAGGGCGUUGUGUUGGCGCGACGAAACCGUGGCACGGGCAGCUCAUUUGUCAUUCGUAACCACAUUGGUGGCUAUGGCUACGAGCAGAAGAUUUUUCUGCACUCGCCGUUGUUGCAGAGCGUCAAGGUGUUGCAGGAGGCGUUCAUCCAUAAAGGCAAGAAGCGCGUACGUCGUGCAAAGCUCUUCUAUUUGCGUGAGAAGGCGCCCAGCUUUACUACUGUCUAG